CAAAAGUGCACCAUCUACAGUCUGGCGUCACGGCGUAGCCGGCGUGCCCAGCUGCGCCGGGCGCGCUCGGCGCCGCCGGCGCGGAGAUAGAACAUGUUCUAUUUCACGCGGCUGCCGCUAGACCAGAAUGCACUGCGCGCUGUAGGGGCAGCGGGCAGAAAGGCAAAAUGGCGGCUUGUGGCGCUCGCAGUGAAAGUGCGGCUGUGGUUUUCACAACGUCCGUGGACGAUGACAGCGCAAGUGAGGAUGCACUUAUUGAACGCCUGCUGGAAGGAAUUCGCAGCCAUCCAUGUGUGUAUGAUGUGAAACGAAUGGACUACCGCGACACUGAGCGGAAGAACAACGCAUGGGAAGCUAUACGAAAGCAGUGCGGUCUCGCCACAGGUAAGCUGCAUUUCACAUUCAUUUUUAGUUAUAGCGGACAGUUGUCGCAGUGUAGCUUGUCCAAUUCUUGUCGCCCUUUUUUCUGCGUUAGUUGACCAGUGCCUGAAAUUAUGGAAGAGGCUGCGAGACCGUUUCAACCGAGAAAGAAAGUUAAUCGAGCAGACGAAGAGGAGCGGGUCCGGGUAUGUAGCCAAGCGCACGUGGGAGUUCCUCUCCGCAAUGGAAUUUUACAAGGACUGCGGGCGUAUGAGACCAACCGUAUCGAACGUGCGUGCUUCACAAGAAGGAGCGACCAGCCAGGACAGCACGGCGGAGGAGCUGCUGAAUACCAUGUGCGGCACCGCCAGUGUGUCUCCGUUGCCCUCUGAGGACAGCUUCGACCAGGAGCAAGCAGGCCAAGCGGACCAGUACAGCGUUGAACUGGUUUCUCUACAGGCUGAUCGACGCACUUGUGUUGGGACAGUGCCUUCAAGUGUUCCGAAAAAGCGCAAAAAGAAUGAUGAUUUUGACCAGCAGCUUCUGAGCCACCUAAAGGAAAAAAUGACAGAAAAUGAGGCAUUUGGCCUUUCUAUCGGUUUGACAUUGGACAGGCUGGCCAAGCAAGUAGCAGCUAAGUGCAAAGCACGGUUAAUGGAGGUAAUUGCAGAGUUUGACAUUUAAUCUCUUAAAAAUAUGCAGCAGCUACCUUCAUUGAUCCUGUUAACUCAUGUUAAAAAAACGGGACAGCAGUACGUAGUUCUUUUUCUUAUACAAUGAGUCUGCAGAAGCACUGUACCAUAAUUUUUAUCCCGUUGCAUUUAUCAAGAAGCGCGAGAGUGCUGUUGUUUACCAAGAGCGUAGUUGCAGCUGUAUUGACGUUUGCAUUUCUACCCUAAAUUUAAGCAAGUGUUCAUGUGCCUUCAGAUUUCAUUCAAAUCAAUUUUUUAUAGUAGCAUAAUUGAUUACUUUCCCAUUUGUUAUGAAACGUAGCCAUGCUGC